AUGACUGACUCAGGUUUUGAAUGCUCCCUCUGUAUGAAAUUGGCCAUGUCAGCAUAAAUAUGCGAAAAAUGUGGAUUUAUGUAUUGCAAACAAUGUCUCCUAGAAAUAUUUGGUCAUAACUAUGAAUGUGUCUAAUGCCAAUCCAAAUAAUUUAAACCUAUUGAGUAGUCAGCCCUCUAAGAAGCCUAUGAAGAAAUUCUCACCAAAUCACAAAUCAUACUACCUCCUAAAAUUGAUAAACCACCUCCAGAACCUCCAGUUGUUAUAGAAAAAUAAAAAUUGUAAACAUUCUUAAAAGAAAAUUGUAUAAACUUUGAUAUCUGUAAAUCAAAUAUCAAUCCAAUAUUCUAAAAUGAAUAAGUGUGUAGUUUAGAAUGUCUAUACUUUACCAAAAUAAUUCAACUCUACGAAUAAUAAGAUUUUGCUAAUAUUAGAAAAGAAAUAAUUAAUUUGGAAAAGUAUUAAACUCUAAAAAAUGUAUAGCCAAUUCCAUAGGUAGGAUUCAGCUAAUAUCUUAAUGGAAAUUCAAUAUUUACUUUUAAUAGAUGUGGUCCAGGAAUACAGAUAAUUCAAUCAACAGUAAUAUUGUAGGAGGAAGAAUAUACAUUUAAAACUGCCACUAGUUCUGUUGGGUUCUAGAAUGGAAUUCACUUUUGGAAAAUCAUUCCUUUGGCAAUGACUAAGAAUGAAAUGAAAAUUGGAGUAUCGACUUCUGAUAAAUAUGAUCUCAAAACAGCCUUUUCUGACUACAAUUUUGGAUAUGCCUUCUACACAGUUGGGUAAUUUAGAAAUGGAAGUAAUUCUAAUGGAUUUGAAUACGGAGUCAAAUUUACAAACACUGGCGAAGUCGGAGUCUUGCUUGACAUGAAUAGGGGAGUACUGGCAUUCUCAUACAAUGGAAAUUUUCUAGGAAAAGCCAUAGCAACAGAAGCUCUUAAAAAAGGACCGAUAUAUCCCUGCGUUGCAUUACUUCAUCAAGCAGGAUUUGAAUUUUAAUGCGGUCUACCGGCCCCGUAAAAUUUACUUGAUUAAUUUUUAAAAUGA